AGUUCCGGGUUGUGGCGGAAGAACUAGGUCGCACGUGUGAACUGUGCAAAAGUAACUGUGUGGAGGAAAAAGUGACUGAUAUAAUGCCCCAGCAAAGCGGCGAACAGCUGUAGAUAUUACACGCGUGACAAUAACUCGCAGAGCCGUCACCUCACUGAUAAGGACGCCAAUAUCCGUUAUAUCAUCUAGAAGGAGCCAGGAUCAGCCAGCAAAAUGCUGUCUGAUUUGGACCUGAUUGGCACUAUUCAGGAUGACGAGGAGGUCCCGGAGGAGCCGGAGUCUGAUGACGAGGAGGAGGAACAACAAAUCGUCUUGGGUAAAAAGAAGCAGAAGCUUGCCGGACGCAAAGGUGAUUUCAACACCGACUUUGUUUUUGGAGAGCGAGAUGGUCAAGCCGAUGACAGCUGGGUAAUGGCGGAUGUCAUGAAGCAGCUGAAAAAGAGAGUGGCCACCAGUCUGGAUGAGAAAAUUGAGACUGUGAGAAAGAAGAGGAAAAUUCAGGAAAAGGCAGAAAAGGAGUCAAAGCCAGCAGAAGAGAGUACUGACGUGAAGAGUGAGGAGGAUGAAGAGGAAGACGGUCCAGAAGAAGAUGGUCAAGAAGAAGAGGAAAGUGAGGAAGAGUUUUCAUCUGAAGAAGAAAGUGUGCUAACAAAAGCUGAUACUUUAAGAGUCAAAGAGAAGAAAAGAAAGAAAGUACCUCCGGGCUCUGGUUUUUUUGAGGAUGCUUCUCAGUUUGAUGAGAGCUUGACGUUUCAGGAUAUGAACCUUUCCAGACCACUGCUUAAGGCAAUCGCUGCUAUGAGUUUUCAACAGCCUACCCCCAUCCAGAAGGCUUGUAUUCCUGUAGGAUUACUGGGAAAGGACAUCUGUGCUUGCGCUGCCACAGGAACCGGUAAAACGGCUGCAUUUAUGCUUCCUGUUCUUGAGCGUCUAAUCUACAAGCCACGGGAAGCUCCGGUGACCCGUGUACUGGCUCUUGUUCCAACCCGUGAGCUGGGCAUCCAGGUACAUGCAGUUACCAGACAGCUGGCCCAGUUCACAGAGAUCACGACCUGCCUGGCCGUAGGGGGUCUUGAUGUAAAAACACAGGAGGCUGCUUUGCGCUCCGGCCCCGAUGUCCUCAUUGCCACACCAGGACGACUCAUUGACCAUCUGCACAACUGCCCCUCAUUCAGCCUUAAUUCUAUUGAAGUGCUGAUUCUUGAUGAAGCAGACAGGAUGCUAGAUGAGUAUUUUGAAGAACAAAUGAAGGAGAUUAUCAGACUUUGUUCCCAUCAAAGACAGACACUGCUAUUCUCUGCUACCAUGUCUGAAGAGGUUCAAGAUCUGGCUUCUGUUUCUCUUCGCAAUCCAGUGCGUAUCUUUGUGAACAGUAACACGGACGUAGCUCCAUUCUUGCGUCAAGAGUUUGUCCGAAUUCGACCAAAUCGCGAGGGCGACCGUGAAGCCGUUGUUUGUGCCCUCCUCACACGUACGUUCCACGAUCAUGUGAUGCUUUUCACUCAGACCAAAAAGCAGGCGCAUCGCAUGCAUAUCCUCCUGGGUUUAAUGGGUCUUCGAGUUGGGGAGCUCCAUGGAAACCUCUCGCAGACGCAGAGAUUAGAGGCUCUAAGACGCUUCAAAGAUGAGCAGAUUGAUAUACUGGUAGCCACAGAUGUGGCGGCUCGAGGGCUGGACAUACAUGGGGUGAAAACGGUCAUAAACCUAACUAUGCCUGGAACAGUCAAGCAUUACGUGCACAGAGUGGGUCGAACAGCGCGUGCUGGCAAAGCAGGACGUUCGGUGUCUCUGGUGGGGGAAGAAGAGCGGAAGAUGCUAAAAGAUAUAGUGAAAAAAGCACAAGCCCCUGUGAAGGCCAGAGUUAUUCCCCAAGAUGUGAUUUCAAAGUUCCGAGACAAGAUUAUAAAGUUGGAAAAGGAGAUUUAUGCCGUGCUACAGCUCGAGAAGGAAGAAAGGGAAAUGCAGAAAUCCGAGGCCCAGAUCAGUGUUGCCAAGAAAAAACUCCAACCAGAAGGAGGGCCUGAAGAGCAACACAUGCCAAGAACAUGGUUCCAAAGCAAGGAAGAGCGAAAGAAGGAAAAAUUAUCACACGCCCUUCAAGAAUUUGAUUUGGCUUUAAGAGGAAAGAAGAAACGUAAAAAGUUCCUGGCGGACGCGAAGAAAAAAGGGGAGAUGACUCCCGAGGAGCGCUCACAGUUUGAGGUGCUGAAAGCUCAAAUGUAUGCAGAACGCGUGGCCAAGAGAGACCGCAAACCCAAGAGAGCUCGGGCGGUACCGGCUGAUGAAGAUCCCUCAGCUUUGAAAGCGAAACCCAAGAAGCAGAAGAAGAACACAGUGUUUGAUGAGGAAUUAACGAACACAAGCAACAAAGCUCUGAAACAGUACCGUGCAGGACCUUCAUUUGAGGACAAGAAGAGAUUGGGAAUUCAGAGGAGGAAAGGCAGCAACUUCAAGUCCAAAUCACGGUAUCGGAGGAAGUGAGUGAGUGAGUGAGUGAGUUCACAGAAACAAGAGAAUGCUAAGCCAAGCCAGAGGAGAGCUCCAUGACCUGCAUUUACAACUAUUGGCAGCACAGAAACCAGAAUAACAUACUGUUGAUCUUCUAUGUGUCUGAUGAUUGAUUGACAUUUAUGUGCUAUUUUUCAGAAUGAUCCUUUGAAAUAUCAACCAAUAAAGAAACAUUUUUGUUA